AUGGCUUACAAGGACCCAGUUAUCAUCCCAAACAUCGAGUUCAGCCAGCCCAAGGAGAAGGUCCUCGAGCAGGUUCGAAAGGCUGGCUCGGAACAUGGCUUCACGCAGAAAGACUUCUUCGACGCGUACUCGGCAGACCCGGACAAAUUCUCCAUGUGCCGUGCACACCACUACCCACCAGCACGAGUAUCGCCAGCACCCAAGCAAAAGGACGUCGGGGCACAGGCCGACUUCGGUGCCAGGCACGAGAUACACCAGAAAUAUCUUCCCAUCACACUGGAAAAUCAUCUCAAGGUACGAUUUGCCCAGAGCUAUGGAGCCGCGGGAACAGUGAUCUAG